UAAAUUUAAGCGAAUGCCGCCGCGUAAGAUCCAGCGUCUGUAGCUGGCGUCAUGUUUUGAUAAAUACAAAUAACUAUACUAAUUUCGGGACAAAUUGUGUGGUGCUAGUGAUAUUAUGUAAAUUUAUAAAUAUGUCGGCUACAGAGGCAAAUGAACGUACAUUGGAGCUGGAAGACUUCCUUAGCCAAAAAGACAUUGAUACCGAUCGCUUGGCGGCCUUUUUGCAGCGUAAAGCUACUGAGAAGCCUCAAAGCAACCGUCUUUUUGGGAACUUUACCUUUGAUGUAGACUUUGAAGUCCCUCUGAUCAGGAAUCCAUCAAAAGAUUCCGCGGCGGACCCUAACCCACCGGAAACUGCUUCCAAUGAGAAUGAUCCCCCACCCCAGGCUAACAAUGCAUCCCCAUCCCCUACUUCGGAAAAAGCUACAACUUCAAAUCAUAUAGCGCCUGUUCAAAAGGUUCCUACUCCUCCACCUACUUCGCCUCCUCCCAUUAUUUCACCAACUCAUCGACGUUCCGUAAGGCGCAGUGGAAAUGUCCCUGGUUCGGACAAGCUACGCCGCCAUGCUAUCCGUCGGCGAUCACAGAGUUGUGGGCGCCAACUACUAAAGGAGUUUGAGGAGUCGUGCAAAAGUCCGACUUCCUUUGUUCCUGGCACAUGCAGUACUCCUCACUCAAGUCAACUAUUGGCAUCACAGCCGACAAGCCAGCCGAUCGAGGAAAACGCAGCGCCUCCACCGGCUGAAAACGGGGUUACUUUUAAUAAAUCUCAACCGGACCAACCUAAAACCGUUGAAGCACAGCCAGAGGCCGAAAAAAGUCGUGGGAGUUUGCGUGUGCGCACUGAUCUUGCCGCUGAAAUUGCUGAACUCUGUGAGGAGCGUCUGAAUUCUUUCAAAGAAUCUAUAUUGCAGCUAGACAGCAUUGGAAGACCACCUAAAAGUCGGCCAACAACACCAACGUCGCCGUCUGUGACGAGCAGACAACGUACCUAUACCAUCGAAAAAGGACCAGUUCCUGGACAACUGCUUCUGUCUCCUUCCCAUCGCAGUGAAUUGCCACUGAAGCAAUUAUCCGUAAAUUUAAAGCGUAUUGACUCUCAAACUCGCGUUGCUCGUACGCCAUCGCGAUCCAGCUUUCACGCUGGUGUGGAAUCAGAGCCACAAGCUGAGAUUGUUGGGUCUCAAAAUAGUGUUCCUGAUACUCCACCGCGAUCUAGCUUCAACGCUGGUGUGCAAUCGCAACCAGAACCUGAGUUUGUGGUGCCUGAAACUCAACCAAACAAUACAAUUCCACAAAUAAGGGAAGAUUUGGCCGCUGUUAUGACCGAAGACGAAAGUGACGACGAUGAUAGCACAAAAGCUUUGAAUCUAGCACCAAAAGGCGGCAAUACCACCAGGAGAACUCAUUUGAAGGAAAAGAAUGCAAUGCUAGCUAAAACAAAAGAAAACUCUGUCCAACUUCUUGACCUCCAUCGGUCUGUGAAAAAAUCCAAAAAGAUAGAACCGGUCGGUGGGAAGCCUCGAAUGACAUCCGUGCCGUUGAACAAGCCUCCAAGUGUUCCUAUAAAUGGUGAGCAGUUUGCAGAGGAACUGGCACGUAUGAGCAACUAUGAGAUCCUAGAUCUGCGCAAGCGUAACUCAAUGGGCAAGGUGUACCCAGUAAAUGGACAUAGUAACCAAAAUACGGAACAACAAAAAAUCUUGGAGAAAAAUAUAGAAUGGGAGCUAUUGCGACGAAAUCUUCGCAACGAUGCUGGCGCACUUCCUGGAUCGUCAUCCAGCGACUCGGCAGACAAUGAAGAAUCUUUGCCUGCCCGACGCGUAAUGACCCGAAAUCGAAAGCAGAUAAAAGCCAAAAGAUCAACUUCUCGGCGUAGGGAUAAGCCAAUGUCGGGAGAGCUAAUCAAUUAUAUGAACCUCACUAAGGCAAGGGAGAGUCGCAGAAAAUCAUCGAUAAGUACUUCAAAACGCACCUUAUACACAAAAGGCGACUCCCAGUGUGAAGACUCCGACACAUCGGCGUCUCCCAAAAAGCAACAGAGGUUAAGCCAAACAGUUGGAAAUAUUUCCAUCGUUCCUCCACCGCCUGGUUAUUUGCGCCACUCGCAAUCCAUUGUGGAACAACGGUCUGUGAGAAGUUCUUUGAUCGAAAAUGAUGUGUAUCCAGCGCCAAGGGACUUCGAAGACUCGUCAAGGCGCACAAUUUUUUCACAACAGAAUACUUUACGAAUUGCUUCGCCUCCUCCGGAGUACGUUGAUACUACUUCUCACAACAUCUCGGUUGGGUCAAAAAGGACUAAAAGGGUUACGAAUUCGCUACUUCAGGAGUUUGAAAAGGAUUCGGGUCACAGAGAUGUAUGCGAGGAAACAGCGGAAGCAAAUGUGACUGAAAUUAUGGAAGGUAUUCCACCGCCUCCGGAGUACAUUCCACCUCCUUCUGAGUACAAUGAAACGAAUGCUGAUACCGAAAGGCCUACCCGCGAUCGUUCAAAGUCAGCGAAUAAGAGUAACGCUAACAAUAUGUCUAAUACCAAAAGUAAUCGUACAAAGAUGAAGACUUCGAAUUCACGAAUAUCUGUAGAUCAUGACAUGGAGGAGCCAGUUUCCAGUAAUUCAAAUACUCAUGUCAGUUCUUCAGUUGUGAGGGAUGAUUGUUUGAAUGAACAAUCUGACAAUAUGGAAGCUCUUCGAAUGUGUACGCCAACACCUCCAAACGUUCAAGAGACGAGUUCUGCGCACAGUACAAAUAGAGAACGACCACAGCCUUCGAUUGAGCUUGACGAUGGGCCCAGCACAAGCAAUGCGGCACGGCAAGCACUUGAGAAAAGCACGGUGGCAUCAAAAAAAAACGCUGAGAACGCAGCUUCUAAUGAUGAUGUGUUUAAAAAACCACUUGCGCCGGCUCCAAAAGCCAAGUCAAGGCAAAAAUGUAAAAACGAGGUCAAGAGAUUGGCUUCCGAACUUCAUGUAACUUUGCCACCAGUGGAGCACGAUACAAGUGGUAUUCGGCGUUCAGCUCGAGGGCACGUGCCACUCCAAAAUAACUGGGUCCACAGUAAUAUAGACCUUAAGGCUCUAGGGUUCAUGAAAAAGGCUUAUGCUGUCUAUGAUAACGAAUUAAAACCGAAAAAGAAUAGGCCGAAUAAGAAAACGGCCGUGGACAAGAAGCCUUCAAAAGCCCACCCAGUGUGUAGCAGCACGCCGAGAGAUUCUGGAAAGUCGCUACCAGAUUUCUUUAACUCUCUCGGGCUUGAGGAGUUGGAGCUAACAGAAGAAGGCACAGAAAUAAAUAAAAUUCCUGAAGAAAAACCACCUGCAAAGGCUAAAAAGAGGGGGCGAAAAAAGAAGGAGCCAACGAAAGACAUCCCCCAGACAGUAGAAACUCAUAAGGAUCCAGAGGAGGUAAAUACCUGCGUUAGCGAUGUUGACAUUCCCUCUGAAUCUGCAAAGGAAAAGGAACCGGUAACUCGGGAUGUUACUGCCAGCAGUACGCAAACCUCAGCAAGCAUAAAUAUGGAUGAGCAAAUGGAGGCUUCGAUGAAGUGGACCAACUGGCUUCGUGGAGCAAGUGACUAUGAACCCGGUAGUUCAAAUGCAUUCGGAGACACUGCAAAUCGAGCAAGCGAUUUGGCGUUUACAGAUAUUGAUGGAAUCGAUUAUGCUUUUUACGAUACAAAAGAGAAGGCCACAAUAGGAUAUAUGCGUUUCAAACCGUACCAGACUCGUAACAAAAAGCGAGCCAAGAUGUGUGACAUGAAAUUGAUAGUUCAGGUUGGCGAAUUUGCAAUCCAGAUCGUAUCGAAGGAAUUUGGGGAAAAGCACAAUAUCCUACGCGUCGGGGACAUGAUUGAAGUAGAUGGGGGUAGCCUAUAUAGUAUUCAAAAUACAUUAAACGACAUCAGUGUUCUUUUGGUUAUAAGAUGCCCUUUAACUUCAUCUUAAAUUUGUAAUGAUAGUUUUCGUAUUGUAUAUGGUUAUAAGAUGGUCAUCAACUUCUUGAUGACAUCUUGAUGAACUUCUGUAAUGAUAGUUUUGCAAUUCUUGAAUAGUUACAUAUUGUAUAACCAUUUUGAAUCACUGCAAGCGUAAUUA